AGUUGUUCGCGUAGCCUGCUGGAUCGCGCUGGGUGGACAUCGCCGUCGCUACAGCAUGAUAGUGAACCGUUGUUUUUGUUUUAUCUGUUUAACAGUAAAUAUGUAUUGUUGAUUUGUUACAAAAAAGUUUUUUUCGUGGCAUUGUGAUACUGGAAUAUGACGUUAAUGUCUAAGUGUCAGAGCCAGAAGAAUAAAAAUAUACUCACUGCUUUAGACCAACAAAGCGGAGGUGUCAAAGAGGCAUGGUAUGUUAAAAUGCCCAACGAGGUGUCGUCUGGGGGCGGCAAUAACACAGUCAGUGGCGGCGGGAUCUCAGAUAUCGGCAAGCUGCGGUGCCCGGCCCCAAUAUCCCGCCUUCGGGUGGAGAAGAUAGAGGGAGGCCUAAUGGUGGCCGGGGUCGUGAUCGCCGCCAAUUGCCAAAUCAUAUUGCCUAUAUUUGGAUUUCUUUUUCUACUUGUGGGAUGUGUACUCACAGCUGCGUCUUAUCGAGGUCCAGGAGAAGAUGAAGCACCGGACACGUACGCGGCAAGAAUCGCCUUUACCGGAAACUCCAGGAUCCUGGGUCCUGCUUGCAUCGUUGUUGGCUUUCUUAUGUUGGUCGCAGCAUCGGUGCUAUGCGUUCUUAUAAAAAGAGCGCGUCGACGAGAACAGACCAUCGGUUUCCAUUGUCCUGUGCAUGGAGACUUUUAUCCGCUCAGUCCUGUUAAUAGCUCAAGGGCAUUGUUUGGGUUAGAACGUGGCGGUACUUGCACGUUCUGCUGGCCAAGAAAAAGGGGCCCGGGCGCGAUUGCCGUAGGUCCACCUCAAUGCCCCCACAGUCAAGUUUCGAGCACAAGGAGUUCAUUGGCCAGCUCUCCUCACAGCCAGUGUCCUACUCCUCUGCCAUUCCUAGUCAACUCUGUGUCUGUCAGUGCAAACGUAGCCCCUAUCGGCCAGCAGUCUCCGGACCAAAAUUUCGGAUCUAUCAGAUCUUUAGCAAAUAGUCGCGAGGUUGCCAGUUUUCCGCUUUCCAGAACGCCUACGCCUCCGCCUAAUGCAUUCGACAGUCCCAAUCUAGUCCAAAUACCUGACGAAGAAAAACUAGUGGAUUCUCAAUUUAAAGUCGUACCAGUUUACCGAUCAGGACCAGGAAAAUCAGUCUCAAUAGUUCUGCCUACUGAAGGGAAUGGAUGACAAGUGAAAUUGUAAAUUUCAUUAGUUAAGUUUUUUCACAUUUCAAAGCUAACGUUUUUUAUUCACAUUACUUUAAAAGACAAAUUUCUAAUAGAUUUAGGAGGUAUCUGCAAAAAUACAUGUUUUGCGAAUGUUAAUUAAUUAAUUUUACUUAGACUGAAAUCGUUUUUUCAUAAUUUAGGACGUUUCCUACCAUUUCAGUGGUAUAAUUGGAUGGUAGCUAAUAUGACGCAUUCCCAAAAAUGCAUAUAAAAUAUAGCAUGAUGCAGUUUCAGUGAUAUUUAUUUAUUUCCUUUUCUGUACAAAUUGUUUGCCUGAUGCAUAGGGGCAAACAGCAUAAGUAUUCAUUCUUAAUAAUUUAAUAUUAAGUCAGUGAUGCAAGGUAUUUUAUGUUUAAUUUUUUUUUAACUUUAACAUGGAUAAAAAAUUUUAUAAGCAUUUUAAUGGAUAAAGACUGAUUAUGAUUUUAGAAUAUUGAAAAGUAAAUUUUAAGUUUAU